AAGUUACAGAGCCAACACUGAUCACUCUGAUGAUCAACCACAACCAGGUUAAGAAACACUGACACUCAAUGCUCAGAAAGCUACCGCAACAGGUAAUGUCGACUGCCUAAAACGUGGUGGACAACCCACGGCUCAACCAAUCAGUCGAUAGCUGAUCCCCCUCCCUGAGUCGUCGUUUCACCAAGGGCCACCUGCUUCCCUUCGUCCCAGACAAAAAGCGGUAUCGCUCGACCACCAUCGAUUCAGUUGCGUAUGACUAUCGGUGCUGCUCGGUGUUGUGAAUUUGACGUGAAAUCUACUAUUGAGUGCGUGCACCCCAUUCGCCAUGGAACGUUGGAAUGGUAAGGUGGCCGUUGUGACCGGUGCUAGCUCCGGUAUUGGGGCGGCCAUUGUGAAGGAUCUUGCCAAAGCUGGCAUGAUAACGAUCGGACUAGCCCGGCGCGUUGAACGUGUGGAGCAGCUCAAGAAGGACCUACCGAAGGAGGCGGCCGCACGGCUAUAUGCGAUGAAGUGUGACGUUUCCGUGGAGACCGACAUCGAGCGAACGUUCCAGCGCAUCCACGAUACGCACGGUGGUGUGGACGUGCUGGUGAAUAAUGCUGGCAUACUGCGGACAAACAAUCUGCUCGAUGUUGGCACGACGCCUGAUCUGCGGGCGGUGUUAGAUACGAACGUAACCGGGCUGGUGCUUUGCAGCCAGUGGGCCUACAAAUCGAUGGUGGAACGAAAAGUUGCGGGCCACAUCGUACACAUCAACAGUAUCGCCGGCCAUACUGUGCCAAACUAUCCGAAGAUGAACAUCUACCCUGCCACGAAGCAUGCGGUUACGGCCCUGACGGAAGUUAUGCGGCAGGAGUUGCGAGAAGCCGGAACGAAGAUUAAAGUGACGAGCAUUAGCCCCGGUGGAGUGCGGACAGAAAUUUUCGACGGCAUGGAGAUUCCGGAAGAUAUGCCACUGCUCGCGUCGGAAGACAUCUCGGAAGCCGUGCUGUACGUACUCGGUACGCCACCCCACGUACAGGUGCACGAACUUAUCAUCAAACCCAACGGGGAAGUUUUCUAAACAGCCAAUGUCACAAUCGGCAAGGUGUGAAAAUAAAGUAGGCUUUGUAUGUUAUAAUCGGAACGCA